AUGACCAAGAACAACCCACAGAUGCCAAAUGGUACUCAAGACCAGGGUAGCAGAUGGAUUUUUACAGCCCGCGGCAUAUCCAUGGAGACGUGUGACGACCGGUCACGACUGCCCUCAAGAUUUGUUCAAGUGACUCCACACCCACCUCCAAUCACAAGAAAACCCCAGACCCCUCAACACCCACCACCCGUCACAAAACAACCCCCGUCAAGUAACUCCACGACCACCUCCAAUCACAAGAAAACCACAGACCCCUCACCUGAGAACACAAAACAACCCCCGUCAAGUGACUCUAUACCCACCUCCAAUCACAAGAAAACCACAGACCCCUCACCUGAGAACACAAAACAACCCCCGUCAAGUGACUCUAUACCCACCUCCAAUCACAAGAAAACCCAAGACCCCUCACCUGAGAACACAAAACAACCCCCGUCAAGUGACUCUAUACCCACCUCCAAUCACAAGAAAACCACAGACCCCUCACCUGAGAACACAAAACAACCCCCGUCAAGUGACUCUAUACCCACCUCCAAUCACAAGAAAACCACAGACCCUCACCUGAGAACACAAAACAACCCCCGUCAAGUGACUCUAUACCCACCUCCAAUCACAAGAAAACCACAUACCCCCCACCAGCCACCACUCGUCACAAAACAAUCCCCGUCAAGUGACUCAACACCCAAAUCCCAUCACAAGAAAACGCCAGACCCCUCACCACAGAACACAAAACAACCCCCGUCAAAAAACCACAUACCCCUCACCACCAACCACUCGUCACAAAACAACCCCCGUCAAGUGACUCAACACCCACCUCCCAUCACAAGAAAACCACAGACCCCUCACCUGAGAACACAAAACAACCCCCGUCAAGUGACUCUAUACCCACCUCCAAUCACAAGAAAACCACAUACCCCUCACCUGAGAACACAAAACAACCCCCGUCAAGUGACUCUAUACCCACCUCCAAUCACAAGGAAACCCCAGACCUCUCACCUGAGAACACAAAACAACCCCCGUCAAGUGACUCUAUACCCACCUCCAAUCACAAGAAAACCACAGACCCCUCAACUGAGAACACUAAACAACCCCCGUCAAGUGACUCUAUACCCACCUCCAAUCACAAGAAAACCACAGACCCCUCACCUGAGAACACAAAACAACCCCCGUCAAGUGACUCUAUACCCACCUCCCAUCACAAGAAAACCACAUACCCCUCACAACCCACCACUCGUCACAAAACAACCCCCGUCAAGUGACUCAACACCCACCUCCAAUCACAAGAAAACCCCAGACCCCUCACCUGAGAACACAAAACAACCCCCGUCAAGUGACUCUAUACCCACCUCCAAUCACAAGAAAACCACAGACCCCUCACCUGAGAACACAAAACAACCCCCGUCAAGUGACUCUAUACCCACCUCCAAUCACAAGAAAACCCCAGACCCCUCACCUGAGAACACAAAACAACCCCCGUCAAGUGACUCUAUACCCACCUCCAAUCACAAGAAAACCACAUACCCCUCACCUGAGAACACAAAACAACCCCCGUCAAGUGACUCUAUACCCACCUCCAAUCACAAGAAAACCACAGACCCCUCACCUGAGAACACAAAACAACCCCCGUCAAGUGACUCUAUACCCACCUCCAAUCACAAGAAAACCCCAGACCCCUCACCACAGAACACAAAACAACCCCCGUCAAGUGACUCAACACCAUCCUCUCAUAACAAGAAAAACCCAUACCCCUCACCACCCACCACUCGUCACAAAACAACCCCCGUCAAGUAA